AUGACGCCGCGCCCGCCGGGAAGGAAGGAGGGCGGGAAGGAGGGAGGGUUCAGCUCCUUCAGCCCGGACGUGACGCGUUCAGCCGCCGCCGAGGGCCCCACGUGGUGGCGCGGGCUCGGCGCGGAGCGGGGUCUGUACCGAGCGCCUCUGCGGCCCGACAUGAACCCCUUCGCCUGGUACCCGCCGCCGCCGCCGGGGCUGCCCCCGCCGGGCAUGCCGCCGCCCUUCUUCUGCCCGCCGCCCUCCUGGGACGCCAGCUUCUGGGCUGCCCCCGUGCCCUUCCCGCCGCCCGGCCGCUACCCUCCGCCCGACAGCACCUACGCGGCCGCCGACACCUACUCACAGCCCAAGGGCUACUCACAGCCCGCCGACAGCUACUCGGAUCCCGCCCAGAGCAUCCCUCCCGCCGAGAGCUACCCGCAGCCCGCCGAGGGCUACCCGCCGGCUCAGAGCUACCCGCAGCCCGAGGGCUUCCUCCCCCCUCAGAGCUACACGCCGCCGGCCGCCUGGUUCCCGCCGGCCUACGGAGCGCGCCCGCAGGGCCCGCACGCUGGUGGAAAUGGUAAUUUCUCCCAGAAAUGGCAGGGCAAGCAAGUGCCUCCGUUCAGUAAACAUUGUCCAGAAGAAAAUAACAAGCCAAAGGCCAAAAAGAAAAAGGAGCCAGUUUUCUCUCAUUACUGUGAUACUUGUGACCGCGGGUAUAAAAACCAGGAGAAGUAUGAUGAACACAUUUCACAGCAUACACAGUGCUCAGAAGAAGGUUGCAAUUUCAGUGCCCAUGAGAAGAUUGUUCAGAUACACUGGAAAAAUGCACAUGCACCUGGUGCUAAAAGAAUAAAAUUAGAUAGUCCAGAAGAGAUUGCUAGAUGGAGAGAAGAAAGAAAAAGAAAUUUUCCUACGUUGGCAAACAUUGAAAAGAAGAAGGAAAUGCAGGUGCAGAAGGAGGAAAGGGGAGAAGUGCUGACUACCCAGCAGUUUGGCAAAAUGAAGGGGAUGUGGAAACCUCCAGAAAAUGGAGAGGCUCUUGGGCAUCAGCGAAGACAAAGAAGAAAACAGUGGCGUCCAUUCUGGAAGAAAUUUAGAAAAAAUGGCAGCAAUUAUCAUGAACAUGGAACUCAAAAUGAAGCCAAUGGACCAGAAAACAGCACAUGUGAAAAGGAACAUGAAAAGCAAAAUGCUUUGGCAGGCCAAGCAUAUGAGAAAGAUGUGGACCCUCUUGGUCUUCUGGCAAAUGGAGAUGUUGAAUCUGACAAGGAUGAGGCAGCUGAGGAAGACGGGAGACUGGGAAUGACAGUUGUCCCCAGGCAGGUGACCUCUGCCCUUAGCGCACUGUCGGUCAACUACGGCAGUGCAUCCGACAGCGAGCCCGAAGAAUUCCCUGUCAAGACUGCAACAAAAGCUGAGAGAAACCAGGCUGUGCUCAGAAAUACGCCUCAAACUACUGCUGCUCCUCAGAGUGAGAAACCAAAUCCGCAGCGCCCGGAGUGUGCAGGCAGGGCGCUGAGGAGCUCCAAUCCGCACGCGCGCGCCCGAGAGCCCGCCAAGCGCGGCAGGACAGCAUCGCCUCGCCUUCCCAAGCGCCGCCCAACCCUGCUGGAAAUGUUACUGGCCCAGGACAUCCGACACGAAAGGAAUGUGAUUUUGCAGUGUGUUCGAUACCUCAUCAGAAAUAACAUGUUUGGACUUCAUCUUAAAACAGAACCACAGGCUGAAGCAGAAACUGAACAGUCCUCUCCUCCUGCAGCAGAGCCUUCUAUGGACAAACCCAAUGAAUCUAAUUGUUCCUGUAGCUCUGACCUUCAGUUGGAAGGAGGACAAGAAGAUGCAUUAUUAAUAGCCCAGGUUUUACUGCAAUGAAAACACCAAUGAAGAACACUCAGCCAAGGAGAUCUGGCACUCCAGCAGAACCUGGUUUCAAAGUGGAGUGGUACCAGUGCUGUUGAAAGCAUGAGUAACAGCUGCAGGAAAAGAAAUGGAUGUCUUGAAUUUACUGUUAAAUUGCACUUUAAACAACCCUGUGUCCUGUCAAGGUAAUGGCAGAACUUUCUUUGACUACUCUUUCACCUUGUGUUUAAAAAGACAGAACUUUACCUUGAAUUCUUUAUACUGUUGUCAUUAUGACUUAAGAAUAUUAAACUUUCACACAAAAUGAAAAACUUUGUCAGAAAAAAAUUAUUUUAAAAAGUGUAUUUCAUAUAGAUAGAAGGAGAUCUGUACAUGGCAUAAACCAGAAGUUUAACCUAGGACUUGUUGCAUACAUGAAGAACUGCUAUUUUUCUCAUAACAAGGCUUUUCUGUCGACUCAUAUAGCAGCCAUGUGGAGACAGACACUGCAGUGAUGUCAAACCCUGAAUAGCAGUCUUGGUCAAUGGUAGG